AUAAUCAUAGUAGCAAUAAUGAGGGAGUAGAUAACGUACAAUCUUCUGCCUCUCCACCUGUACCCCCUUUCCAAGCGUGUUGGCUGUGGAGGAAGGUUCCCACUUCUCACUUCUCACUAUAAAUGGGGAUUCCACAGUGACAAAUACCCAGCAUUACUCACAUCCUCUGCUGCAAUCCUUGUGUUCACCGAAGGAUUAGGAAGAAGCAAUGGGUGGAGGCAAUGGUCAGAAGUCCAAGACGGCUCGUGAGAGGAACAUGCAAAAGCAGAAAGCCUCUAAAGGAAGUCAGCUUGACGCCAACAAGAAAGCCAUGUCGAUCCAGUGCAAGGUGUGCAUGCAAACAUUCAUUUGCACUACAUCAGAAGUGAAGUGCAGGGAACAUGCAGAGGCCAAGCACCCCAAGUCUGAUGUGUACGCAUGUUUCCCCCAUCUUAAGAAUUCAACCUAACUUCUCUACUCUCUUUGUAAUUUUAUAGCCCAAAGCUUCCCAGACUGCGAUCCUUUAUAUAUGUGGUAUGUAAUGACUAUUACAGAUAUUCUUUUGAUAAACCCGGCUUCCACUGCGUUCACUGGAUUAUAGAUCUGCCUAAUUAGUGUUACCUGAAGACUUCUGUGUCCCAGACGCCUCUGAGCUCAAUAAUAUUUUCAGAUGGAUUCAUACAUU